AUGAAUCGAGAAGGCACAACUGAUUUCAUCCAUCCUGAGUUACUUUCACGGCUGAGCGCGGUCCACCUGGAGAAGCCUGUCCUCGUCAAUAAAGAUAUAAAGGCGUAUUUAGUUCGAAACUAUCCUGAAGGCUCGGAGAGAUGGCUUCUAAAGCCGGAGGUUCCACCUCCAGCAGAGAUCAUGGGCGCUUAUGACUUUGAUGAUGCUGAUGACGAUGAGAAGUAUGUCGACUUGAGACCGAACCAGAUUGUUGGGCCUUGGGAAUCGAAAGAAGCGUACUUGAAGGCUCACUAUGAACUUUUAAGAGAGGACUCUAUAGCUCCUCUACGAGACGCUGUGGCAUACGUCAGAGAAGACCCCCAGAUGAUGGACAACAACGUAGCUUCCAUCUAUGAUAAGGUCUACAUUACUGGAAUCACCUUUGCACAGAGAGGCCUCGGAUUCCGGAUCCAGUUCUCUACCAGUCGAGCGGGGAAAAGUAUCGCGUGGGAAUACUCGAAGCGUUUGAUAAGCGGCUCCGUGGUUGCGCUCAGUCCGGCCGAUGAUGUGUUCAAGAGUAAAUGCGUCAUUGCUAUUGUUGCAGCCAGGCCACUGGAGACUGUUACCCAGUAUCCAUCGGAGAUUGAUAUCUUCUUUACCAGACCCGAAGACGUUGAUUUUGACCCCCAGAAGGAAUGGAUCAUGGUGGAGGCGAAAGAUGGCUAUUAUGAAUCUGCAAGACACACAAUGACAGCUCUACAAAAAAUGAGCCAGGAGCAGUUUCCACUUUCUGAGCACAUUUGCCUGCUCAACCCAAACGUUCAGGCUCCGGACUAUGUGAAAGAGCAUCCUAUUGUCGAUAUACAGUCAGCGAUUGAUGGAACCAGCCAAGAAGGCAAAGUCAAUAUUCUUGAGGACUGGCCUCAUUUACCAACUGCAGACCUGGACCACACUCAAUGGGAUGCCCUUCGAGAAAUGCUCACCAAACAGCUCUCUGUUAUUCAAGGUCCUCCGGGAACUGGUAAGACAUACGUGUCCGUUCUUGCCUUGAAAAUCUUGCUCUCCAAUAUGAAACCUGGCGAUCCUCCUAUAAUCAUUGCAUCCCAGACAAACCAUGCUUUAGACCAGAUUCUGAGACUUGUCUCCACCUUUGAGAGGAGCUAUAUCAGAUUGGGUUCAAGAAGCAGCGAUCCUGAAAUUAAGAGGCGCACUCUCUAUUCUGUCAGGCAGAGUGGAUCCACGGUCCCUGUUCAUGGGAGCGUGCUAGGUAGUGCUCGAAAAGAUUACAAGAACUUGUCGCGAGGAAUCUUCGAACUUCUGCAGCCUUUCAGUGCAGACAACGCCGACGUACCUCUGCCAGCAUUUCUUUUCGUCAAGUAUGGCUUGAUGACGGAGACCCAAUACGACUCUCUCAUAAAGGGGGCCAAAGGCUGGGUUCGCGCAUCCGAUGCAGAGGAUACCGACCCCUUAGUAGCCUGGUUGGGGGAAGAACUGAUCCCUUUCGAAGUGGGAUACGCGGCAGAGAAUUUUGGGUUUGCAGAGGACGAUAUUGACCUGGAGUACGAACAGCUCAAGGAAUUGGAGGCUGAACAAGGUAUCGAAGAAGACGACUAUGAAAUUCUUAAAGGGCAGUUUGUCGGUAUUCGAGACGGCUUUUGUGGUCGUAGUGCCUCCUAUUCCGAGACGUCGGCCUUAGAAUAUCUCAAACACACAGAUUUAUGGAAGAUCAAAAGGGAAGCCCGCGGGUCUGUUUACGAUGUUCUUCGGAAGCAAUUGAAGCUGAAGAUUAUGGGAAAGUUACGGAGCUUGAUGGCUUGCUACUUCAAGAACUGUGAGAGCCUACAAAUAGGCAAAUGGGAGAGAGACUACCAUAUCCUCGGAAACGCGAAGGUGAUUGGUAUGACUGCUACAGGGCUUAGCAAAUACAGAGGUCUUAUAUCGAGCCUCCAGCCGCGAAUCGUCCUCAUCGAAGAGGCAGCCGAGGCGAUUGAGGCACCAUUGACUGCUGCAUGUUUCAAUUCCCUUCAGCAUAUGAUACUCGUGGGGGAUCACCAACAACUCAAAGGACAUUGCACGGUCCAGGAACUUGAAAGCGCACCCUUCAACCUGGGCGUAUCGAUGUUUGAACGACUUGUCAAAAAUGGAAUUCGUUUUGUAACGCUAAAGAGACAGAGACGGAUGGCACCGGAGAUCCGCCAGCUGCUAGAGCCGAUAUACGGCACAUUACAGGAUCACCAGUCGAGGAAGAGAAUCUUGUCGGCUUUGAAACAACAGCCAUAUAUUCAAGGGAAUUAUGUAAAGGUUGUUACCGUGGACUCGUAUCAGGGAGAGGAGAACGAGAUCGUCAUCCUUUCACUUGUACGAAGCGGAGGGGGACAUAUUGGCUUCCUUUCCAUCGAGAACAGAGUCUGCGUGGCACUAUCGCGAGCAAGGCGCGGGUUUUACAUGUUUGGAAACGCCACGGCACUUGUCAAUGGCAAUCUGCUCUGGCAGAAAGUUUUGACGACACUGGAGAGUAGCAAACCGCGGCGCCUGAGAGACGUGAUUCCAGUGACAUGUGCAAAGCACAAGAGGUGGACUCCGAUCAAAGGUCCCCCCGACUGGGAAAAAAUCAAUGGAGGAUGUGAUCUGCCCUGCGAUGAAGCAUUAGAUUGUGGUCAUCCCUGUCCCAUUCUCUGCCACAGGUUUUCCCAUGACCAGGUGCGAUGCGAUAACACUUGUGGGCGUCGGAUGGCUUGCAAUCACAUCUGCGAGACACCUUGCGCCACAAGCCAUACCUGUUCAUGCAAGUGUGAUCUGGGCCAACGUCUCGAAAAUGAGGGAUUGGUGAUAGGUACCAUGUUGGAAAGGCCAGAUCCCUAUACGGAAGCGGUCAAGCAGUACCAGGAAUUUGCAAGUGGAGGCGCUCAAGAGCAUGACGCUUUCAUGCUGAGAAAAGCCCAAGCCAUAGAUGCAACGCAAGCCCUGCCAGCAGGACCCGGUAUGAUUGAUGAUCUUCUGCUCGAUUAUCAACCCAAUGGAAGACCGGAACGGCCCGAGGGUCGAGAGAAGGCGGCGACCUCCACCCGGGCUUCUGUGCCGCAGGGGAAUCUUCUGGACGACUGA